CGGAAUGCGACAGUGAUAGCUGAGGAUCUGAGGAGAUGGGUUUGAAGAUAAUUGUGCUGUCGCUGAUGCUCGCGUGUCUGGGCGUCACGGGUAAUUACAUGAACGACGGAUUUUUACCGAGCAGUGGAUAUGAACGCACAGAAGACCAAUUAGCAGAACCUUCUUCCCGUGCAGAGAAGAAUAGGGAUGAGCGAGACAAUCAGGCGGACAGAACGCAAAGAUUCGGGAUAUCUGGCUACGGGGGAACGGGUCCGUACGGAGGAUCAGCACCAGGUCUUUACGGGCCUGUCAAAAUUGAUUUGGGAGGAGUUCUCAUUGGUUCUAUCUUAGGUUUCGGAGCAGUUAUCAUCCUACCGAAGAUUAUUCAUGCCUUUUCUUACAGUCUUGGAGGCUAUGGCCGAAGCAUAGAUUCGGACUUUAGCCAAGUAACUGACGUAAUAAGCCGAAUCGACGACAUGAUGACAAGAUACAAUAUUGAUUCCACAUCGUGCAUGCAACGCCUCGCUUGCUCGUACGUACAGAUCGCCAACGAAAACAUGGUUACUGGUAACGCUACGGACUUCGAUGGGAUGCUUACCAACUUAUCUAGCAAUUCACUCGUGAGACGUAUGCUCGAAGGCACGUCGAUAUAUGAAGCUAUAUCAGCGGGUCGGUCACUAGAAGCCGACUGCCAGCAGCUCUACCCCAAGUGCAAGUUAGACAAGAAAACAGUAGUGAAGAUGGUCACACAACUACUUCCGUCUUAAAAUAUGUUAUAAAUGUUUUAAACAUUAUAAAUACUUUGUAAAGUG